AUGACCACUGGGGACCACUUUGAUACCUAUAUAGAAUAUCCUUGGGCCACCGUCAGGUAUGUGGUCAGUGGUCACUUUGAUGUGGUCAGUGUUGUCAACGCUUCGAGGACUGCUGGUCACUCACUGGCGAGUGUGCUCGUCGCAGUGAGGGCUACUGGUCUCGAUAGACGAUGCCUACCGGGCCAGUCUUUUGGCUGCGUUAUACGUCUCAUGCUGGACCAGGUAGCAGGAUCACGUGACUUUGCUGGGUUUUUCCCAAUUAAACGUUAUUGGAUGUUACUCACCGCCGCGGUCCCCGCAACUACCCGACCCAAGACCCCCGCAACCAUCCCGGCCACCCAUGGCCCUCGCAACCACCCCACCCGUGGUCCCCGCAACCACUCCAUCCGAGGCCCCCGCAACCUUCCCAUCCAAGUGCCCCGCAACUUUAACAUCCGUGGCCCUGGCAAUCAACCCAACCAAGACCCUCGCAACAACCCCAUCCAAGGCUCCCGCAACUACACCACCCAAGGCCCCCGCAACCACCCACCCGAGGCCUCCGCAACAACGCCGACCGUGGCCCCCGCAACCACCCCACCCGAGGCCCACGCAACCAUCCCACCUGAGGCCCGCGCAACAACACCACCCGUGGCCCCCGCAACCACCCCAUCCAAGGCCCCCGCAACCUUCCCAUCAAAGACCCCCGCAACCACCCCACCCAUGGUCCUCUCACCUACCCCACCCGUGGUCCCCGCACCCACCCCACCCAUGGUCCCCGCACCCACCCCACCCGUGGUCCCGCACCCACCCCACCCGUGGUCCCCGCACCCACCCCACCCAUGGUCCCCGCACCCAUCCGAGGCCCCAGCAACUACACCAACCGAGACCCCCGCAACUACACCACCCGAGGCCCCCGCAACUACACCACCCGAGGCCCCCGCAACAACACCACCCGAGGCCCCCGCAAUUACACCACCUGAGGCCCCCCGCAAUUACACCACCCGAGGCCCCAGCAACUACAUCACCCGAGGCUCCCGCAACAACACCACCCGAGGCCCCCCGCAACUACACCACCCGAGGCCCCCGCAACAACCCACCCGAGGCCCCCGCAACAACACCACCCAAGGCCCCCGCAACUACAACACCCGAGGCCCCCGCAACUACACCACCCAAGGCCCCAGCAACUACAUCACCCGAGGCCCCCGCCACAACCCUACCCGUGGCCCCGCAACAACCCUACCCGUGGCCCCCGCAACAACCCACCCAAAGCCCCCGCAACAACCCACCCGAGGCCCCCGCAACAACACCACCCGAGGCCCCCGCAACUACACCAUCCGAGGCCCCCGCAACAACCUACCCGAGGCCCCCGCAACAACACCACCCGAGGCCCCCGCAACUACACCACCGAAGGCCCCAGUAACUACACCACCCGAGGCCCCCGCAACCACCCUACCCACGGCCCCCGAAACCGCCCCACCCGAGGCCCACGCAACCACCCGAUCCAAGGCCCCGGCAAACACCCUAUCCAAGGCCCCCGUAAUCACCCACCCGUGGCCCCCGUAA